GUAUGCUACUAAACCUAAUCAAUUUAUCAAGACCCUUGACAAGACAAAAUUUGUCUCCUUGGAAGAAGAAACACAGAAGACAGAAUCUUGAACAGUGUCUUGGGCAAUGGCGACUCCUCAAGAAGCAAAGCUCCACCAGUUUCUUCAAUGGCAAGAGUUAAACAGAGUAGAAUUACGUGGUUGCAGAAUCAAAUACAGUGAUUCCACUAAAGGCUUUGGAAUUUUCUCUUCUAACCAUGCAUCUGAUGGGAUACUACUGGUGGUUCCAUUAGAUUUGGCUAUAACUCCAAUGAGGGUACUUCAAGAUCCUCUUCUUGGACCUGAAUGUAGGUCUAUGCUCGAGGAAGGGGAAGUAGAUGACAGACUCUUGAUUACCUUAUUUCUAACCGUGGAACACCUACGAGAAAACUCUUCAUGGAAGCCGUACUUUGAUAUGCUCCCAACCACAUUUGGAAAUCCACUUUGGUUUUCUGACGAUGAGCUUUUAGAGCUUAAAGGAACUACAUUGUAUCGGGCUACACAGUUGCAGAGGAAAACAUUGCAGUCUUUAUUUGAUGAAAAGGUGAAGAGGUUGGCUGAGAAGCUUUUAACUCUCGAUGGACAUCCAGAAAGAGAUGUGAAAUUUGAAGACUUUCUCUGGGCAAACUCCAUAUUUUGGAGUCGAGCACUAAAUAUCCCUUUUCCACGCGGUUAUAUAUUUCCUGUGGAUUCAGAAGGACAAGAUAGCGGCAGUUCUAGCAAAGUCGUAAAUUCUGGGACACUUGCUAAUGGCUGCGGCAGUUUAUCUAAUGGAGAGUCUGCAAAAGUACCCGAGUAUGAUGUGCUCCAAGAUAAAGUUGCUUCCGCUGCUUCCAUCUCACAAGGAGAGAUCGUUUGGGUGGAAGGUCUGGUACCAGGCAUUGAUUUUUGCAACCAUGAUUUCAAAGCUGCAGCAACAUGGGAAGUUGAUGGAACAGGAUCAACAACUGGAGUUCCUUUCUCCAUGUACCUUCUUUCUGCUGGAGAAAAUCCUUCCCAGAUUGAGAAAGAGAUAUCAAUUAGCUAUGGUAACAAGGGAAAUGAGGAACUGCUGUACCUGUAUGGAUUCGUCAUGAAUGAUAAUCCUGAUGACUAUCUCAUGGUUAAUUAUCCCAUGGAAGCUAUUCAAAACGUAGAUUUUGCUGAGUCCAAAGCUCAACUUCUUGAAGCACAGAAAGCUGAAUUGAGAUGUCUCUUACCACGAAGUUUGCUAAAUCGUGGAUUUUUCCCUCCAUCUGACGCAUCUGCGGACGACAAAGAUAAAUGCAUCAGUAGUCAAGUUUGCAAUUAUAGUUGGAGUGGUCAACGAAAGAUACCCUCUUACUUGCAUAAGCUAGUUUUUCCUGCAGAUUUUUUGAAUGCAUUAAGAACAGUAGCAAUGAAAGAAGAUGAACUUUAUCGUGUUUCUUCCCUACUUGAGGAGCUUGUUGGUUCUGGAGGAGAAAGGCAGCCAACUGACACAGAAGUUCAAGCAGCAAUAUGGGAGGCUUGUGGAGAUUCUGGAGCUUUGCAACUUCUUGUUGAUCUGCUUAACAUGAAGAUGUUGGAUCUGGAAGAGGGUUCAGGGACAGAGGAGAAUGACGCUGAAUUACUUGAGAAAGCCUGCACCGCAGAAAUUCCAGAAGAACGUAUAGAGUCGGGGACGAAUGGCACUGUCCAGAAUCAUUUGCGGAGCAGAAAUAGGCGAUCCAGCAUAAUAUAUCGCCGGGGGCAGAAACAACUAACUCGUCUCUUCCUGAAGGAAGCAGAGCAAGCAUUGCAAUUAGCAUUAACUGAGGAACUCUAGAUAAAUCUAACCCAAGAUUAGUCGAGGUGUAUUAGCUGGCCCUGAUACUAUUAUCAAAAAGAAUAAAGAAUACCGAGUUAUGGAAAUUUUGCAAAAAGCUGCAUUUACCAAUUUAUGUGCACCAUUCAGUCUAUACUCUAAAGAGAAUGAAGUGGAAGUAAUGUGAAAGCAAAAUUUUCCCUACUG